CUGCCCAAGUCUCAUUGUUAAUCACAUUGUACACUAAAAACUUGUCUAUUUUCUCUCUUAGACGUUCCUUUACUAUGGGAGACGUCACCGUCGUGUCUCUCUUCCUUCUUCUCAUCACCACCGCCAAUUCUGCUAGUGUCUCCUUCCGUGACGGGAUGUUACCUAACGGUGACUUCGAGCUAGGACCAAAACCAUCGGACAUGAAAGGAACCGAAGUGUUAAACAAGAUGGCAAUCCCGAACUGGGAAGUCACAGGCUUCGUCGAGUACAUAAGCUCAGGACACACACAAGGAGACAUGCUUCUCGUUGUCCCCGCCGGAAAAUUCGCAGUCAGGCUAGGAAACGAAGCAUCGAUCAAGCAAAGACUCAACGUGGUGAAAGGGAUGUAUUACUCGCUCACUUUCAGCGCUGCUAGGACGUGUGCUCAGGACGAAAAGCUCAACAUCUCUGUGGCACCUGACUCGGGGGUGAUUCCAGUGCAGACGGUGUAUAGUAGCAGUGGAUGGGAUCUAUACUCUUGGGCGUUUCAGGCUGAGAGUGAGAUUGCAGAGAUAGUGAUUCAUAAUCCAGGUCAAGAAGAAGAUCCAGCUUGUGGACCACUCAUUGAUGGUAUUGCCAUGAAAGCUCUCUACCCUCCAAGACCAACCAACAAGAACAUUUUGAAAAACGGAGGAUUUGAAGAAGGUCCACUAGUACUACCAGGCUCAACAACAGGAGUUUUGAUCCCGCCGUUCAUAGAAGACGACCACUCUCCUCUACCCGGUUGGAUGGUCGAGUCUCUCAAAGCCGUCAAGUACGUAGACACAGAACACUUCUCAAUUCCACAAGGUCGCAGAGCCAUUGAGCUAGUGGCUGGCAAAGAGAGCGCCAUCGCUCAAGUUGCUCGGACCAUCGUUGGAAAGACUUAUGUCCUGUCCUUUGCGGUAGGAGACGCUAACAACGCUUGCAAAGGCUCAAUGGUUGUCGAAGCUUUUGCGGGAAGAGAUACGCUUAAGGUACCUUACGAGUCGCGUGGCACUGGAGGGUUUAAACGAGCUUCCAUCAGGUUUGUCGCGAUUUCGACAAGAACUAGAGUUAUGUUUUACAGCACUUUCUAUGCUAUGAGGAGCGAUGAUUUCUCGUCUUUAUGUGGGCCUGUGAUUGACGACGUCAAGCUUAUAAGCGCUCGUAAGUAGAUGAACGAAACCUUAUAUACCACAAGAGGUGGAAUGUGUUUGGGCUUUAUUUUUAUAAUAUUGUCUUUUUUGGUGUGUUUUUGAUUUUUAUUCAAAAUAUAUGGUUGUAAAAGGAGAGGUUCAUCUAGGGUUAUAUGUGUGCCUUUCUUGCACGAGAAGGCAAAAGAUGGUUGCCAUUUUCUUAUGUAUGUAAGCCUUUAUGGAAAGGUUUUUUCACAAACUUACAAAAAUAAAAGUGUAUGCAUAGAUGAUAUAAUAUAAAAACUAAAAAGUAAACUCAAA